CGGUCUUCUUAUAAUUUAUAACCUAAGGAUUCUAUGACCCUACACGCGCAAUAUCAACACCUUAAGCGUGAUCAAUGGCGAAAGAGAAAGACGCAAUGCGUACGCGCAUCGAAAGCAUCAAGACCGACCUACAGCGUAUUUCAACAUGUAACGCCGCGACAGUUGCAGAACUUCGCGACCUGCUCGCCGAAAAGACUGCCGAGUUUGUCCAGAAGGAAAAUAUCAGAGUCAAGACCUCGCAACCGCUCAGCGUCCAGCGGAGGAAAGCUGGGACGGCGAGACUGACUGCGGCAGCCGAUGUCCCCAGACAAGCUGCAUCUACGCUCUCGUCGCGCGAAAAAUAUAUAUUAGCAACCGAGGUUGUUAACACGUCGCUCAAGUAUCUGGCGGAUGCCUUGAAGACGCAGCCGUCGCCACAGGUUGUUCGAGCGUCCUCGAAAGCGAAGCCCUCCGAUCCGAACGCGCGCAAGCCUUUCGAAGAACGUCGAACGCAUACGAAGAGCGCUUCCGUGUCUACCCACCCAUUGAAGGAACGAUCUAUCAGUCAAGUAAUCAAUUCGCCCACGAAACCUUCGGUUCUGCGCCGCUCGUCGUCCUACUCAUCAUUCCUUACGACCGCACCGGAUUCUGGCUUGGUCGCGACCGCAGGCUGUGCUAGGAUAGCGUUUGCAUAUUUAGGGACAUCAGAAGCUGCGAAGAUUGCAGGGAAAGACUCGCCAGAGCUACAAUUGGAAAAUGGCAUCCUGGCUCUUGUUGGAAAGCUUGUUGCUCAUGGGUUGGAUAACCUUGCUAUCAAGGAGAUGCGAAUCUUGAAGAGGAGGUUGGAUGGGCACCUUGGCGUCGACACCCGAGAUAGAGAUGGUCAAUCUGCGACUACGAAGAGGCAGCCCAAUCAAGACCAGUCCGCUGGAAAAGAGAGCCUGGCAUCGUUACUUGAAUUCGGAGACGUCGAUCGCAGGUCCCCAGCACUGGCAAUUAUCACCAACCUCCAAACUUAUGCGCUGCGGGUGAUUGCGAGGAUAAAGCGGCCCCGGAUUAUCGAGGAUGCUUGGAAUUGUCUGGCACUAUCUCAUCCAUCUUCGCCAGCAAAUCUGGUUUGGCACAUCGCGAAGUCAUCGGACAACCAAGAGAAGGCGGCGCGACAGCUCGAGUCUCUCGCUCAAACGAUCCUCUCUCUCUGCCCCAGCAUAUCCUCGUCUGCCGAUCAAGAGGAUCUACAACCAUCUCCAGAUGUUGUUCUCUGUCUGCAACACCUUGCAUUUCGGACUCGGCAUAGGUGGUGGGCACUUGCCAAGCAUCAAGGAGAUGUAGGAAAGGAGCUAUUGGAACCAUUCUCCAAAUGCAUCGUUGCCUUUUCGAGGCGCUCCAAGCUUCCCCCGACCAAGAGGUAUAAGCUGGCGGAAUCUUUGUACACAGACCUUUUGGAAACAGCCCAGGAUUCGAAUCUAGCUGCGAAGAAUGGGAUGCACCCGGACACUCUCCCACAUAAGACUCUAAGCUCCCUUGCCCAGGCUGCUGGUCUCACCGAGGAUGCUCUUCGAUGGUUGGGGACGCCCAAUUCUCCAACAUCGAAGGGCUCCGCUGCAAGACAAGCUGCUCGGUUAACGCGUAUCGCCGCUGUCUCUCUUGAAGCGAUGCUGAAGGACGGAUCAAAAGAAGACAUAGAAGUCAUAAUAUCCGCUGCUCUCGAUGCGUUGUCCGACGCUGUAGGUGGAUCAUCCCCGGAACUGAAUGCCCUCUUGAUGGAAGUGAAUGCCCUGCGGCGUAUUGCGACCCGAGUGUUAAUGGUACACGACCCAACGACACUCCCACCCGAUUUAGAAGCUCUCCAACGUCAAUGCAUCCAUACCGUUGCGGCAACCAUACACUUCACCGCCAGAUUCAUUGGUACGAUGCCAUCAUCGGAAGCUGAUGCUAAGCCGCACGUUCGGUAUCAGGAACGACUCUCAAUGGCGUCUAGAUUCCUCAAAAGCUCUGUGGAUUCCGUACUGGUGUGCUUUAAGCGCCCAUUACACUCGACAUCCUCAUGGGAAGAACUCGAUGCUCUCUUGCAAGACUGUGCACGCUUUCUAAGCCAUUUCGAGGAGGAGUCCGACUCCUGGUCCGUAAAAUUGUCGAACGCCUGCUGGGCUAUGCAUCUGCAGCUACGGAAGGUCAGCGCAGAACCUGCAGUCGUUGCCGCAGCCAUGCAACGCUCCAUCGACCUCCUUCAAACCAGAUCCCAAAAGGAAAAGGAGGCUGGUUUACUGGCCAUGAAGCUCGAACGAUUGGCAGAGUCUUUAGAUCAACUCGGUCGGGUGGACGACUCCCGGAAGGCGUUCGUGCGAUGCAUACAAUCACUGAUGGAUACUGCCCAACAACAAGGCAUUGCCGAAGUCGCCGCAACGCACUCCGUACCCCAAAUCUUCGAAAGCGCUGGUAUUUUCGGCACCCUUGGAAGGAUCCUUAAGUCGUACCAUCGAUCCUUUGUGAAGUAUGGCUUAAGAAAGUCUGACGGAGUGGCAUUUUUCGAUGAUUGCAGGCAUGCACCUUCCGCCAGGGGCACUGUGCUGGAGUGGCAACUGGCGCUUUAUCAGAAGACCCUUUCUAGGAACCGUCAAUGGGACUCAAGCCUGAAUCUAUCAAUCCUAGCGAUGGUAGAGCGACUUCUCGAUAUUUACCCUCCAACCAGGUUUCCAGUUCGGCAUCAAAGAGUCCUCCUGGUCAUUCUUCAGAUAUCCCAAGCGUACCCGGAAAUCGUAUCCACGGAGCUGGUUUCACCUCGUCUCAAGGCCAGCGGUGAUGGCGAAGCCGCCCAGGCGGAAGACCAGGGUCUAUCGAGAUUCAAGGAACACUUAAAGGCCCAAGUGAAUCUCAAGUUCGCCCUGCAAGAGUCCAAGCCCCCGGUCGCGAUAAUUCAGGAUUGCUUCUCUACAUGGCAGUCUCUCGUCGACUCAGCUGCCUCAUGGGAGAGCCUAAUUGAUCGAAUAGAUAACAAAGAACAUUGGCUACAAGAGAUGCAAGCAUGUGCCGAAUAUCUGGCUGCUAAAGGCGAGGAGUACGAGAGUCUUCCCGUUCUACAUCUUCUUGUCAGAGUCCUAGAGCUUCAGCAAUCCCUCGAACCUUCCGAUCUCGUCACGACCCUCUGCACCUUUGGGCUCCAGCUCUUACGCUUAGGGUAUUCCGGAAAGGCCGGGUUAGCGUUUGCUAAGGCCGAACUCCUUACUUCCAGCAGACCUACCUCGACGGAGGCAAAACUGCGAUGGCACUUCGGUUACGCGGAGUAUCUUUUAGGCAUCGGCAAUGCCACGAAAUGUGAGCUCGUCCUAUCAGCCGCCGCGAUGAUCGCUCGAGAGGAUGCCCAGUUUAUGGGCCUAACAAAACCCUCAACAACCUUGUCUGGGCGAAUUCGAUUCAAUACAAUCCUUGCCGAUGCUUGCUACGUUGUUUCCCUGCUAUCCGUCAACAAGGGUCACCAGAAGAAUGCCGCAAGGUAUGCGAGGCAAUGCGUCGUGCUCAACCGACGGACGUGGGCUGCGUUAGAAACCAGAUCGAAUUCCAGAAAAGCUGCCGGGACUAACAGUGCGGACUCGGACUCGGACUCGGAAGGACCGAUCAAGAGCGCCUUCGACCCAUUGAGCUCCAUGCGCAACGACAAAGGAAUACCUCUCGUCAUGUCUGUCACUCACGAUGCAUUAAGUGGAGCCGACUUCUGGUCCCUCGUGCCCUCGCUGUAUCGCGGUCUAAUGCAACAUUCGCUUGUCUUCGCCAACCAAGGCUUGCUUCAAGAGGCCGUUUACGUCGCCGAGCAGGCUGAGAAAGUCGCUACAGGCGUGCAUUCCCCGUCGCUGAUCCUCGACAAUGCCAGCCGUCGUGCCGAAUACUGGGCGCAGAGCGGCCGACCGGACAAAGCCCAACCCAUUCUCCAAGCGCUCCCCCAGGCGGAACUCGACACGCACGUAGCUAAAGCCGCCUAUUAUUCCUCCAUUGCCAGGGUUCAUCAUUCGAGCAAGAACUUUGACGACGAGCUCGCGGCAUACGAUUCGCUAGAGAAGCUGUUGGUCGGUCUCGCUUCGCCCUCGUACAUCAAAUCUCUUGAUACUUUCAUUCCCAGCGUAGAACCCUUGACAAACGAACUGUCAGCGAUGUCUCUUGGCAAGUCUGAGCUACGAGGAGCUGGACCGGAGAAAGACGCGAAGGUUCGUCAAGCGACGGGCAAAACCCCUUCGAGAACAGCUCCACACAGUGCUCCGAGGGUUACACGCAAAGCCACGUUAAGAAGUGCUCCAAGACCUGUUCCUCGUACCAAAGCAAACCAGAAGGUCGCUGCAUCAGUAGUUCCCCAGGUUCCCAGCAUUACGGCAGAAUGCGCGUCCCUUUGUGCCCUCGAGAUCGACAUUGCACAUCGGAGGGCGCUGGCUAAUCUGCUUCAAGAUAACGUCUUCCAAGCGGUUGAUAUCCUUGAGCGGAUUGAGAAGCUUCAGCGCGGCCUCCAUCAAAAUAUUACCCAUGCAUGGACCCGGUUCAAGACAAUGCUCCUGCAGAGCACCAAAGACAUUACAGAGGACUUCACUUUCAAUACUUUGCCGGAAUCUACGAUCGCUUUUCCUGCGAUCCCUCCUAAGGAGCGAAAAUCUUCGGACCUUGUGGCAACCAAUCGCCCUGUCAUUGCGCCUUCCACUGUGAAAACUAGUCGAAGCAAGAAGCCGGCCAAGGUAGAUUUUGCGGAGAGUCUACGAGUCGCUCGAGAGCAUCUAGUGGGAGCACAUGCCAUAUGUGCUAAUGCAGGCACCAGUCAUGCUUUCCAGCAGGUGUCCACAGCACUUGGUCAUGUCACUAUUCUCCUCUCCGCAGUAUCUGGAGAUCGUUUGCGAGGCUCGCUCCAUCCACUAUUUGCGGCGUAUAUGAGCGAAAUUCCCAAGUUCAAUUCGUUGAGGCUUAUUCAAGAUACUGUUGAGAUUGAGCAAGAAAGCAUGUCGCGGGAGGAAUAUCUGAAGUGGCCUGAGCUUGACUCUGAUUGCACGCCUCUUGCGUCUGUGACAGAGUUCCAGAAAGACUACAUUGAUAUAAUACCGGAAUCAUGGACGGCCCUGGCUCUUGCGCUCAACGAGUCUCAAGAUGAGCUGUAUAUCACCCGAUAUGAAAGUGGAAGUACUCCGUUUGUCUUGCGGCUUCCGAUGGCCCGCCAUUCGUCUCGCGACAUGGACGAAGAAACGUUUACCUUUGGAGAUGGCAAGCGAGACUUUGACGAAAUCAUUGAGCUUAGCGAUUUCAGCACCCGAAAUGCCAAAGACAUGACCUCCAGAGAGGCUAGACUUCAAUGGUGGGCAGAGCGUGAGGCGCUGGAUACCAAGCUUCACGAGCUGCUUCUCAAUAUUGAGAGAAUUUGGCUGGGCGGCUUCAAAGGCAUCUUCUCACAGCACGUUCGACAGCCGCCCCUCCUGGCGCGGUUCCGGAAAUCCUUUGAGAACAUUCUGAAUCGGCACUUGCCAUCGCGUAGGAAGAAAUCGCAGCAGAAGAAGCCCGUUUUAGAUGCAAGGGUAUUGGAGCUUUUCGUUGGUCUAGGGGACGCUUCGAACGAAGAGCUUGACCUUGACGACGCAUUGACAGAUCUAAUCUACUUUGUAGUCGACAUCCUGCAGUUCAACGGGGAGCGAAACGCGUACGACGAAAUCGAUUUCGACGCCAUGGUAAUCGAAACGCAUGACGCCUUGCGCGCGUAUCAUGGCGCAUCGCCGAGCGCUCCCCCGGACAAUGCUCACGCGAUCCUGAUCCUGGACAAAAACUUGCACAUGUUCCCCUGGGAGUCCCUGCCGUGCCUUGAAAAGCUUUCAAUAUCUCGGCUUCCAUCACUGGCAGCGCUGCGCGAGCGGAUCAUCACCGCAAGAUCACCGACCAUGCCGAAUCCAAAGCCAGGACACUAUGUAUCCGCUGAAGCCGGCGGGACGAGCAUGCUGAACCCGUCUGGAGACCUGAGUCAUACGUUGAAGACAAUCAAGCCACGGCUGGAUGAGAUGCAGGGAAGCUGGACCCACAUCGUCAACCGCGCGCCAACUGAGAAGGAGUUUGAGGAUUCGCUGAGAGAGAAGGACCUCGUCCUCUACUUUGGUCACGGGAGCGGAGCGCAAUUUGUGAGGUCGAAGUCUGUUCGGCGUCUCUACCCUGGGGAUCAAACAGACGGGAGGAAGCCAGGCUGUGCUACGACAUUCCUUUUCGGGUGUUCUUCUGUGCAUCUGUCCGACAACGGCAUCUAUGAGCCUUCGGGUAUGCUGGCGUCCUAUCUCACAGCCGGUGCGCCUGCUGUGGUAGGCAUGCUUUGGGACGUCACAGACAAGGAUUGCGAUCGCUUCGCCAUCAAAGCUGGAGAACUCUGGGGAUUGUGGCCUGAAUCGAAAGAAGAAGCGAUUGUAGAUGCACCUCCAACGAUAAAGAGGUCGAAGGGCAAAGGCAAGGUUGCGCAGCUAGUAGAGGAGGUAGAGAGUGCUAGAGGGGCAGGCAAUGGCCGGAGAGGGAGGAAGAACCGAGACCAGAUAGGCGGUGAUGCAGAUCGAGGUGGAAGUGGAAGCAGAGUGCAUCGGAGAGGUGUGGGUUUAGACGAGGCGGUGCGGGACUCUAGGGAUGUCUGCGUUUUAAGGUAUCUCAAUGGCGCCGCGGCCGUUGUGUACGGCAUCCCAGUGUACUUGGAGUAGUGUAGAUUAGAGGGAACGAUGAUUGGCUUCAGGGAGCUUGGG